AUGAAACGGCGCGUCAAGAUUAUGGCAAAUGGGGGAAAGGAACGAUGGCUUGACAGCCUUUCCCUCAACGUGCUGAGAUCGGAUUGCUUUCGAGUCAUGGGCUUUCUGAGCGGUUCCCUCAGGUCCGGAUCCGCGGGACAUAACCCGGGCGUCUUGAGGCAGUCCCCUGUUCUGUUUCUGUCGGUGAUCACAACUGCCAUUGUGGUCUAUUUCAGCAUCUGGGAUGCCGCGUUCGGCGUUGGAGCCCCAGAUCUUGCAAGAACAGUAUCCGGGGGAGUUGGCUCUCAGCCACUUGAUGUCGGGGCAACCAUGGAGGCCUGGCGGAACGGUUCUCUGAGCGGAAGGCAGUUGCACAUCGAGUUGGGGCUCACGGAUGCUGUCAUUCCCGCCAUAUACAACUGCUUCAAUGAGCCGUAUCCGCUGCUUGACAGAUCUGAAGGGCAGCCCUGUUUCUACUUGAGGACUCCGAUCCCGGUGAUAGGGACCAACACGGUGAACAAUCCUGCGAUGCUCCGCAGGCUUGUUCUUAGUAUUGACGUCCCUGUGCAAGUCAUAGUCAUCGUUGUGAACACCAUUCCUGGAGAAGACGGCAAGCAGGAUGAGCUGGAUAUGAUGGCAAUUAUAGACGAGCUGCAAGAGCUGAUAGGGAGGAGCUUCUUUAAGGUCGUCAGAAGCGGGUGCAACCGGGGCUGUGCCGGUGGCUGGAACACCAUUAUCCACUCCACCUUGGAUUCGCCUUGGUGGCUUAUCGUCAAUGAUGACGCAGCUUUCGUUCCCGGCGCGCUGCGUACGCUGUAUGACUACGUCAGCAGCAACCCCGACGUGGCUUUUUACAAGCUGACGACAUAUCAAGUCUUCCUGAUCACCAAGCGUGCGGUGACCGAAGUAGGGGUGUUUGACGAGAACAUCUGGCCUGCAUACGGGGAAGAUUGUGAUUACGACCUUCGUCUACAGCUGAGCGGUGUUAUGGUCGCUUCCAGGCCCCCCGAGUUUAGUAACAUCCAUGGGGACCCAGAGUCGGGCGCUUCGUCCUCCCUCAUAAACACAAGGGGAGGAGGGCACUCGGGAUACGGGCAGCGGAGUAAAUGCUCUCAUUCAAACAACAGGAUCUACUACCAGAAGAAGUGGAAUCUGUCCGUGCCCGGUUGUGGUAGGCAGCUCGAGGGGAUGUUCCGAACCCCUCACGGUAACCCUUCUCGCAGCCUCGCCAGCUGGACGUUUGACAGAGAACUUCGUGCCCGGUCCCAAACGUGCUGGGCGCCGACCAACAGAAUAGACAACUGGCUUAGGGAAGAUGCUGCAAGUUACUACGCCAAGGUGACCCUCCCAGGGGACCAGCCGGCGUCGAAUUGGGAACGAAACCUCAUUACCCUCCAGGCGGAAGAAAGCGAGUCGGAAACUGUUAGCGAGCUGCUGUCCAGUGGAGUGAAAGACGGCACUCGAUGUGUCUCUCCGUUCGCAGAGAUGAUGUAA